AAGCAUCUCCGGAGGUGGCAACCCUAAUUCUGGGAUAAAGUUGAUGUACAAAAAAGAACUGUAAUUUAGGACAACGACCAAAAAGACGGAACAUCGUUCAACAGGCUGCCGUCAUUCAUCUCAUCUAAAAGUUGAUACAGUUCUGUAUCUACUCAUCUAAGGUAUCGAUUUUGUUUUGCUUCACGAUUGCGAACUGACAAACAAUGCACUGUCGCGAUGUUUGUCGUCUUGAAUAUGUCUGGAUACACCACGAAAAACGGAUAUUUACGAUGUCUGCGGUGAGAUAGUCUCCAGUGGUACGCUGGUAUAAGUGAAUGUACCCUGUUCGGAAGAUUUUGGCCAGUUGUUCGUUUCCAUACGGGUGAAUCAGUUGAAUAAAAAGGUAUUUUAUUUCCUUACCUUUAAUUCCUGGUUCCAAUCGGCUAUGGCGUAAGACUGCGCCGGAGAAACCGGCUGCACUAGGAAUGGAAAAAGUGCAGGAACUGCUCGAUAAUGCGGCAAGCUUUGAAGAUGUGCGACCACAUAGUGAAUAGGACCGAUGGGCUACACUUCCAUACGUAGAGGGAACACAUUUUAAUAGCGAUCAAGCUAACAAAUCCAUCAGACCUAAGAUUGAUUCGCGAGAAACAACUAUCAUUUUGUUUCCCGGUCAAGGUGCUCAGUUUGUCGGAAUGGCGUCACGCUUGCUGAAAUAUCCUGGCGCUCGGGAUAUCUUUGCACUGGCGAAUGAAGUGCUCGGUUACGACCUUCUCAAACUAUGUAUGGAAGGUCCAAAAGAUAAACUCGAUCAAACGAUAUACUGCCAGCCGGCGGUUAUGGCCUCCUCACUGGCCGCUCUGGAGCAGCUUAAAGAGGAACGUCCGAAUGCGAUUGAAAAUUGUUUCGCGGCAGCUGGAUUUAGCUUGGGAGAAAUUAGUGCGUUGGUAUUUGCCGGUGCAUUCCCGUUCGACAGAGCCCUCCGGCUUCAGAUUAGAGCGGAAGCAAUGCAGUUUGCUAGCAAGCAGAGCAAAGGUGGCAUGUGUACAGUGUUAUAUGGACCGGAUGCACGGAUAGGAGAAGCUUGUAAGGAAGCUGUUAACUGGUGUAUACAGCGAGGAAUCGAAAAUCCAGAGUGCAAAAUUGCAAACUAUUUGUAUCCUAGCUGCAAGGUAAUUGCUGGAAACGAAGAAGCUUUAAAAUACCUCGAGGCCAACAUGAAGACGUUUGGCAUAAAACGAAUCAAAAGACUCCCCGUUAAUGGAGCAUUUCACACCGAGUUGAUGGCUUCCGCCGUGGAGCCCUUUUCACUGGCAUUGAAAAAGAUAAAGAUCGAGGAUCCAAUUAUCAGUGUUCACUCGAAUGUAGACGGCAAACGAUACCGUCAUGCGGGUCAUGUACUGAACCAGUUGCCGAAACAAAUCGUGCGACCUGUCAAGUGGGAACAAACGUUACACAAUAUAUAUGAAAGAAAAGUUGGGGAUUACUUCCCCCGAACGUUUGAGUGUGGACCAGGUCAAGGACUGAAAGCAAUUCUUAAACAGGUCAACGCCAAAGCGUGGGAUUCCACGUUCAGUAUACAAGCGUAAGUGGUAUAAGUAACAGCAAGUUCAAUAAAAUAUGAAAUAUG